AUAUAAUAUUGUGUGGAUUUCCAUGAAUGUUUGAAUAAUAUUUAGGUUUAUGGGUUUUGCAAUACUUUUCUCUCUCGUUUCCUCAUCAAUCAGUGUGUAUAGAUCUCUGUAACAGUUUCUUUUGUUAGUUCGACUUUGGGAGAUAAUCGAUUGGAAUGUAACGGUUUGUGUUACGUUUAGUAGUCUUAGUCGAAAGAAAAUUGAUCUAAUAUAAAUGUUUUUUUUUUUUGUAUAAUAUACAUAUAGUAACUAAAUUUCCAAUCUUUCUUGACUUUCGAUUUUCCCAAACUAUCGACCUAAUAGCUUUGUUAAGUAAGCAUUUAAUAUACCACAGAACCUUUUUAGAAAGUGCUGAAAAUAUUUUUAUUUUGGAAUUGUUUUCUCUAUAUAAAUGAUGUUUAUGUGGUGUUUGGACUAAAUAAAGGUAAACGUUUAUUAAUUAUAAAUAAGAAAAAAGAAAAAGCAUCUGGUUCAUCUUUUUCUAAAUUUCUGAAUAAAAUGGCAAAGUAUCCCAGGUUGUCCUUUUUUGGUUUCCAACGAAAGGUUGCUUUAAAAUGAGCUUUCAAUGGCGGUUCCAACAUUUUUAUGGUAGAACAUAAAAUUUAAAAUUUUUUAAAAAAAGUUACAUUUUAAAAAAUUUAAGAUUUAUUUAAUACAUUUAACUAAAUUGUUAUAUUACGAAAGACUUCAAUUAUGCUUCAGUAAGGUCAUGAACAUAUGAAAUGUACAUACAUAUAUUUUUUUUUAUUUAUUCAAUAUAGCAAUACAAAGCCUUAAAGGCCAAAAUAUAAAUAUAUAUUACUUAGUAAUAAAAACCCUGAGUUUAUAAAAGGACUUAAAACUAAUAAUUAAAAGUUAUAUAUCUUAAAUUGAGAGUAGUUUUUUUAAAACCGUUAAACUGCAAAACAUUUAAAAUUGCUUUUUGUUAAUGUAUUUUGAAUAUAGAACUAACCUUUGAUCCAAAUAAAAUUUUUUGAGUUUUGCCUCUUGGAUACGAAAUUACCCGUAUGUAUAUGUAUUUUUAACAUAAAAAAUUGUCGAUUGGAAAUAUUCAAAAUAAUUGUGCCUGCCACCAAAAAUUCUUAUGUAAUUGUACAAUUACAUACUAAUCAACUCAGUAUGGGAUAUUAUUUUUAAACUGCAGCAAAUUUAAUGGUUUACAUUUUACAAUGUAAUUAAAUAAGAAGUGUGCACUUCUAUACUCGAAUUGUAAUUAGCAUUUCAGAUUAGGGCUGACAAAAAAAAAGAAAAAAAUAUUAAUAUCAAAAAAUAAUGAUACUACUUAUUAAUAAUUAUUAUAAAAUUAUAUGUAUAUUUACUUAGAUUAAUUGUAUAAUCCAUUUAAAAUAAUUUUGAUUCUGUAAGUAUUUAAAAGAUUCAAUAAAUAUUAUGUUCGGAAAUAAGAAAUUCUAUUCUCAAAAAACACGGUUAAUCGUUCGUUAAAUGUUUCCACAUCAAUAUUUGUUUAAAACAAUUUGCUUUCUUUUAUUAUUCAUUAAACAUUCGCAUAAUUUAGCAAAUGUAAAUGUACAUAUGUAUGCAAAUUUCUUUCCGAGUGUACACGCAUUUUUUUUUUAAUUUCGACACAAAAAAUGUUUUUCCAAAAUAUGGUAUAAUAAUUUUAAUCAGAUAUUAAAUAGACUGUAAAUCCACCAAUUCCCUAAAUACUAGUGAAAGUAAUUAUUUAUACAUAUGGACUAUUCUGGAGUCCAUAUUCUAGUAUUCCGAGCCCGUGGUUAUAUAUUCAUACACCCAUAUAUCAAUUAGUUACAAAUCAAUUUGUAAUCAAAUUAAUAAAAAAUGGUGUAAAUAUGAAAAUGAAAUCCAAUUUGGUAGGAUAUAAAUUCCAAAAUAAUUAUACCUACAAGUUAUUAAAACUGCUCACUAAAUAAAAUUAAUAUUUUAUACACUUAUAUUAACGGAAAACAAAUUAUAUAGAAUAUAGUUAUUGGCGGAUCUAAAUUGGUUUAAAAGAUUAAAAAUGUAGUGGAAAAUCGGAGUCUAUGUCCGACUAUAUGUUAAUUUUUUCUUCACUUUUGGUAUUGAAAAACAAAUACAAAUGCAAUUUAUUUAAAAUGGGAUAAACAAAUGUUCAUUACAUAUAUAAUAUAAAAUUGCUUUUAAUUUAUGUUAAAGCAAAAAAUAGAAUAUAUUAAAAUAGGUUUAGUUAAGUAUAUCGCACAAAAUAUAUUGAAAUCAGUCUUGGUUCAACUUUUGAUAGUGAAAAUUCUUGAACGAAAUUUAUAUACCCAAAAAAAAUUUAAUUAUUUUUUAUAUAAUAAAAAAAAUGUCUAUUACAAAGUUUUAUGAGAAUCAGGAAAUAUUUAUCACUGGAGGUUCCGGUUUUAUUGGUAAUGUUCUAAUUGAAAAACUAAUACGUUCAUUUCCGAACUUUGCAAAAAUGUACAUUUUAAUUCGCAACAAAAAAGGAAAAUCGGUCGAUGAACGAUUACAAGAGGUUUUAAAUAAGUCCGUAUUUGACCGUGCACGAAAAGAACAACCUCAAGCUUUUUCAAAAAUAAUACCAAUUGCCGGAGAUUGUCAAGAACUGGAACUUGGUAUAAGUAGGGAGGAUUUAGAGAAAUUAAAAAAUGUUAAUUUAAUUUUUCACUCGGCGGCCAGUGUUCGAUUCGAUGACUAUUUAAGAUCUGCUAUUUUAUUGAAUACACGCGGCACUCAUGAAUUAGUUAAACUCGCUACAAAAUUUAAGCAAUUAAAGGCGUUUGUACACAUUUCGACCUCAUAUUCGAACCCUGACAAACAUGUGGUUGAAGAGAGAAUAUAUCCGGCAUAUGCCGACUGGCGUACAACAAUCAAGCUGGCAGAAACCUAUGACGUUGAAACUCUGAAUAUAUUGUUUUCGAAAUACAGUUCGGAUCAACCCAAUACGUAUACAUUUACAAAAAGUUUAGCCGAACAUAUUAUUAAUGAUUAUCGCCAUCAACUGCCCAUUAUGGUCUAUAGACCAUCCAUAGUGGUUUCGACAAUUGAGGAACCAAUUCCCGGUUGGGUUGAUAAUUUCAAUGGGCCAAUCGGAAUGUUGGUAGCAUGUGGCGUUGGCAUUUUACGUACAAGUUACGCUGAUCCAGAUAUUACUGCGGAUGUUAUACCGGUAGAUGUAACAGUUAGAGCUCUUCUUAUAGCUGCUUUUAAUUUGGCAACACGCCAAACUAUACCCAGAGAUGAAUUAGAAGUUAUUAAUUGUGCAAAUGCUACAAUUAAUUCCAUAAAUUAUGGUACUGUAAUAAGAUUGGGCAAAAUUUGUAUAAAAAAGAAUCCGUUCGAGAAAUGUCUAUGGUUGCCGGAGGGAAGUAUAACCAGAUGCGCUGUAUGGCAUUAUUUACGGCUUUUUACCGUACAAAUUGGUUUAGCUUUAAUAGUAGAUGCCCUUUUGCGCUUGGCUAAACAAAAGCCGUUUCUUUUAAAAUUACAACGACGUAUUUGCGCUGCUAAUAGCGCUCUUUAUGUAUUUAUGACCACUGAAUGGAUGUUCUGCAAUGAAAAAUUUAAAAAUUUGGAAAAUUUAAUACCACUCGAAGAAAAAGAAAAGUUGAGCUUUAUGUGCUAUUCGGAUUUCGAUCACGAAAAAUUUAUAUCACAUGGAAUUAAAGGAGCCAAACAAUUUCUGUUAAAAGAAUCACCAGAAGCCUCGAACCAAGCAAAAAUGCGUUUAAAAAUAUUUUUAGUUCUUCAUUAUUUAAUACAAUUCAUUGGCGUUUUCUUAAUAGGCAAAAUGUUGAUACGUUAUUUAAAGACAUAUUUCUAAAACAAAUUAUAGUACGUUCCACACAAAGGAAAUAAACACUUUCAAAUUAAUAUGUAUUAAAAAAAAAACAAACAUUUUGAUUUGUCUAUCAUCAAGUAUGA